UGUCCUUUGGCAUCCUUCAGUCGUCUCGUCGAAGUCGCUAACAUGGCCGCAAGAGGACUGUGGUGUCCACUUUUUGUGACAAAAGGAACAAAAUAAAUCAUUAAAAUCCUAAGUGAAAUAAAUUAAAAGUAAAUAUUACUCUUACAGUACGCGUCCGCGCUUAUCCUUUUGAACCUUGUGCCCUAUUCGUAAGUGUGUGAAGCGACUUUUGCACAAGGAAAGUGUCGACGAGAGUGUGAGAAAAAGUUGCACUGAGAUGUCAUGUUGAUUGUGUAAAAGUUUUGUAUUACAUAGUUUGAGUGUUUGAUAUCACCAGUGAAGUCUGAGAACGUGACGAACGGUGUAACAGAGGAAAAGAAUUUAAUCAAAAAAGAUUUUCCUUGAACAUCAAACACCGUAUCACUUGUCCCAAAAAUUCCAAUAGUGCGCAUCGGAAAACUUGGGUGGGUUGACAGUGCAAAGAGCUGAGGAGACCCCUGAGUGGUGGAUCUGCAUCAGGUAGUUGGGCACAAAGGACGAGAACUCACCUCCGGAGCCAUCACCAUGGCAAAGUGGAUGAAUACUGUGUGAUUUAACGAAGAAAUUUAAAAUGUAUGUGAGUGCGAGUCCACCGGGGCGCAAGAAACGCAUCAAGAGGACAACAUGGGGAACCAGGGACCGUGCAGGCAUGAGCUUCCUUAUUGUUGUUGCCUUUUUCGCUAUCUUCGGCAUUAUCAUACUCACAGAGGUUUUCAUGAUUGACGAUAGAAGUCGAACAGGUGGCUCCCUUCUUCGUCAUGUAAGCUUGUCCAAUCGAUUAGGAGAGUCCAUCCCUGAUUACGAAGACACAAAGUUGGAUUAUAACUUCGAAGAACCUUCCCUGUUCAUGCGUGAGAAAUUUACACGGGAUCACACGGGUGGAUUUCGUCUUAAUGAUCCCAUCCUUUUCGACUCGGCCAACAUCCAAGUUCCAAUCCCUGUGGCUUCUGAUGGCGAUAAUCGGGCUCAUAAUGCCGCGGCUGGAAUUCACGCUAUACCAUGGGGUCAGCUGUUGGAUCCUAAAAUCGAAAAGACCCUACCACAGUAUCCACGCAUUGGCAAUGCUAGUAGAAUUGCUACGGAUGGCUCUUGGCAAGUGGUCAACGGAACCCGCUUCAAAUUCUUCGUCUUCUCAGCCUUUUAUGAUCGUCGCGACGCACGCAUGGUUAGGGUAAUAGGGGCUACGAAGACGCGAGGUCCGGAACGAGUCUGGUGUCGCUUUUGGUAUCCCACUGCAAACGGCACUCACUACUCCGCAUCAGUGAUGGCUCGGGUAAAAGUCAUCCGUGAAAACUGGAACCUGAAAUACAGUGCUUGCUUCAUAAUUUGCCCUUUGCGUGCAGCGAAACUUAACGUUCCAUACGCUGUAAGCAUUGUAGCUCGAUUGCGUCUUCCACCAGGUAAUGUUUUAUUACUCCGCAAUACAGAUCGCGAAGUCGAUCUUAACCGAACGGCAACUAAUACAACUGAGUUAGGUGUUUGCGUUAAGCCAUUACAUUUUAACUACGACAAGGCCCUCUAUUUGUUAGAGUUCCUAGAGCUCAAUUCAAUUUUAGGCGUAUCGCAUUUCACCUUCUAUAACCAUACCAUCGGACCUAGGACUGCUUGCAUCUUGAAACAUUAUAUGAAUGGAGAUAUUCAUCAAUUACAUCUACGUAAUAAUCUAACAGUCGAACGUCCGGUUAAAGUAUCACUCCUUCCUUGGAACCUAAGGAUGCAAUCGCAGAAGGAGAUUCGCACAGAAGGUCUCUUUGCUGCUUUGAAUGACUGCCUGUAUAGGAGCAUGUACCGGCAUACCCAUGUGGCACUUAUUGAUUUGGAUGAGUACAUCAUCCCUAAGCAUAACUAUACUCUAACUGAAUUAUUAGCUUGGUUAGCGAAACGCAUCAAUGCACGCAACACUGGUGCUUAUUCCUUUCAAAAUGCCUUUUUCUAUCUUCAAUUCGCCGACGAUCCUAUUGUCUAUGAUACUGACACCCCCAAUGCCGAUCUACGGGCAAACCUCUUGACACAACGUAAAACUAGACGAAGAUCCAAACUGCAUCCUCAGAAGCAACGAUCCAAGUAUAUAUGUCGUCCAGAAGUUGUUAUAGAGGCUGGAAAUCACUUUGUUUGGGAAUUCGUACCUGGACGUGGUACGUUAAAUGUUCCCGCAGAUUCAGCCAUUCUUCAGCACUAUCGGGUAUGCGAAUUCGGAGGUGAUGACUGCAUCAAAACACCUUCGAUCACUGAUCGCACUGCCCAUAAGUACAGCUCGGCUCUUCUCGAGCGCGUGUCAUCCAUCUACGCACACCUCAAGGACACCUGCCACCUGCAAAAUUUACCACCAUCACCAACUCGCCCACCGCCUACAAAAAAACAUGUGCUGACGAUCAAUAACACUCCGCAGAACGCAACGAAGCGACGCAAAUUGCGUUAAACGAAACACGAAUUCAGCGAAACACCCAGCGCGGGGUUUAGGGGAAAAUUGGAAAUACGAAAUGAAAUGGAUACUUAUGGAUGAAGUGAAUCGAUUGAGGUGUAUUGAUGUAUGUACAGGGGGUACCCAGCAAUUAAUCUCAUAAAAAGAUGAUAAUCAAAAUUAUGCAUUGCUACAACUUAAGACUUUUUUAAAGCAUUAAUGGACCGAUGAUCCAAGAUUUUUAAAGUUGUGACUUAGAUAAGUUUGCAAAGGUAGAAGGGUACUCAAAUAUAUUAACAGAGAAUUCAUCGCAACAUGAAAGAGUAUUGUGAAGAGGAAUUUGAAUGGAUAGGUUUAAGGAGACUUAUAUUAAAGGAUUUUCUAUAUUCAUGAAGUGUGUUGAAGUAGUUGAUUUCAAAGUCGUUACUUUACAUGCUUUGAAGUUGGAAAUAUUGAAAAACAGGGCGCAAGAGUUGUAGAGGGACCAGACAAGCAAGACUCAAGCGGGCUUUAUUGAAAGUAUGAUUUAUUUUUGUUAAUAAAUGUAUUGAAUACUUUGUAGUUUUAUGAAAUAAAAUUGCUUUUAUUUUAAAAGACCGCUUGGUCAGGAAGAGCAUAGUUAGAAGUCUGCAGGUUUGUUGCAAUACUGAAAAGAAGAUUGUUACUUAGCCCAUUAUUUUUUCUUCUUCAAAUAUAUGUUUUUGAUUAAUAAAAUAUAUUAUUUAAAAUUUGAAUUUUGGUUUAUUUAAAAUGCACUUAUCCGAAUGAUUAAAAUUUUUGAACGUAUGACUUAUAAAUAUCUCUGCAAUUACAUUUAAAUAGCAUGUUGUUAAAUAAUGAAAUUUUGGGAAUGGUAUAAUACGAUCGAACACGAUGUUAUUAAGUAAAAUUUCAAUGUUGGGUAUCUCCCUCUAUACUAAGAGAAUAUAUGUGGCUGUAUUUGCCGUAUUAAUAUAAAUAUGUAAUUUAGUGCCCUUCUCUUUGAUAAAUUCACUAUAUUAAAUUGCUGAAAUUAAAACAAUGAUGUCAAGAAAAGUCGCGCCCAAAAUCUUAAAGAUUCUUCUUUAAGAAAGAAGAUAAGUAAAGAAAAAGGGAUAAUUGUUGUAUCAAAUACAAUUCCCACCAUCAAAAAAGCCGUGGCGUAAUGUUUUUGAGGGAAUUGAAUAAAUUGGUAAUAAAUUGGAGUGCCAAAGAAAAUUGAGUAAGUAGGAGAGGAUGAUUUUCUUCUCAAACUCAUUUUCACUGAAAAAUAUUUUGUGGGUGCGAGUUAAGUGAGAAAUUUCAAGGAAAAUCGCAUAAAUGGAAAAUAGAAAUAUUUUCACUUUUUUCAACCCAUCCUCCUGAACCCCAUACUGAGUAGAGAGGAAAAACAAUGGCUUUUCUAGCUCAAAAAAUAAAAGGCUUAAUAAAUGAAAUAAUCGUUUUUUUUUCUUUUUCAAAAAAAGGUAAUUUACCUCAAAAGAAAAAAAGCAGAUGAAAAGGAAUGCAGAAGAUUUUCAUUCGUGUGCAAAAAAAAACGAUUUUCUAGUAAUCACAUGAAGGAAAAUGAGCAAGAAAAUUGCUUCAAUAGACGCUAUUAUACCAAAUGAAGGAGGAAAUAAUCUCCAUAUAAAAUCAUUUAUUUCUAUUGCAGCUAAAACUAGUAACUUAAACAUUGUAAUUAAUUUAUUUAGAAAGUACAUAGAGAGAAUGUGCUAUGUAAAGACUUAUAAAAGCUAUAUUUAUGAUUUUACCUUAAAAAAAAUCAUAUCAGAUUGUGGAAAAAAAGAGAUAAAGGAAAUGAUUUCUUAACUUAAUUUUCCUUUGCUGUAAUUUCAUUAGUGAUUAUAGAACUUUAAUAAAUAAAGUGAUUUUAUUUUUCAUUAAUAA